GCUAUUUCCUGCUGCAGAGAGUACUUUAGAAAAGGAAGAUCUCCUGUGACCUCUGCCUACCAUCCAUAAAGUACUCAUUCCCCUCUCAGCUCUGCCUGCAGUUGAACACAAAGACCUGGAGGAGACUCCCACAUCCUUCAGGGAGAAGAAAGGAGGCAGCGAAGCAGAUUAAAGGAACUUGUGGCUGGUGGCCUUUCUGGGCAGGGGCGGCCCGGAACGGGAGCGAAGGGCACGAAAGCCACGGUGGCGGUGAAUGAGCUGUGAGAUGAGGCGCUGCCACCGCCGCUGCCGCCGCUGCUGACGCUCCGCUUCCACGUCCCUCUGCCGCUCUUUGUGCUUCAUGUACAUGUGUCUAUUCAGGCCGGCCGGAGGCGCCCAGAAGAGAAUCCAACACGGCCGCCGGGGAAAGAGCGCCCGCCAUGCCCACGGAGAGCCUACAGACAGGUAGCAUGGUGAAGCCGGUCAGCGCAGCGGGCACCUUCACCUCGGCCGUGCCCCUGCGCAUCCUCAACAAGGGGCCCGACUACUUCCGCAGGCAGGCCGAGCCCAACCCCAAGCGGCUCAGCGCCGUGGAGAGGCUGGAGGCCGACAAGGCCAAGUACGUCAAGAGCCAGGAGGUGAUCAACGCCAAGCAGGAGCCCGUGAAGCCGGCCGUGCUGGCCAAGCCGCCCGUGUGCCCGGCCGCCAAGCGCGCGCUGGGCAGCCCCACGCUCAAGGUGUUCGGCAACCACGCCAAGACCGAGAGCGGCGUGCAGCGGGAGACGCUCAAGCUCGAGAUCCUCAAGAACAUCAUCAACAGCUCCGAGGGCUCCAGCUCGGGCUCGGGGCACAAGCACAGCUCGCGCAACUGGCCGCCGCACCGGCCCGACGCGCCCGACCCGCACCGCCACUCCUUCGCCGAGUCGCUGAAGGUCUACCCCACGCAGGGCCGCGCCAGCCCGCAGGAGGGCGGCUCCCACGUGAGCCGCAGGCUGCUGGAGCCGUCGGCCGAGUCCUUCCUCCACGUCUCCCACAGCUCCUCGGACAUCCGCAAAGUGACCAGUGUGAAGCCCCUCAAGGCAAUCCCCUGCAGCAGCUCCGCCCCUCCCCUGCCUCCCAAGCCCAAAAUCGCAGCCAUCGCCAGCGUGAAGUCCCCCGAGGCCGACCCGGUGGAACCAGCCUGUGGAGUCAGCCGAAGACCAUCCCUCCAGCGGUCUAAGUCAGACUUGAGUGACAGGUACUUCCGAGUGGACGCGGACGUGGAGAGGUUCUUCAACUACUGUGGACUGGACCCGGAAGAGCUGGAAAACCUCGGGAUGGAAAACUUUGCAAGGGCUAAUUCUGACAUAAUAUCCCUCAACUUCCGCAGCGCAAGCAUGAUCAGCUCAGACUGUGAACAGUCUCAGGAUAGUAACAGUGACCUUAGAAAUGACGACAGUGCCAAUGACCGGGUGCCAUAUGGCAUUUCCGCCAUCGAGAGAAAUGCUAGAAUCAUCAAGUGGUUAUAUAGCAUCAAACAAGCUAGAGAGUCACAGAAGGUCUCCCACGUGUAAGAGACACGGUGGUGGAAAAGAGGGGGGUGGGUCUCUGUGCAUAUGCAGUUGUAAAGGUUGUGAGGUCUCCUUGAAGUGUUGUGAGCUUCUCCACUCUUUGUGUUGCUCGUUGUGCAAUGUUUUCAAGUUGCAUGCCUGUCAACAUGGGGACUGACCUGGCUUCCACGUCACCAUCGCUGCCGAGCCUGGCUGAAUACACACCAUCUGCCAAAAGUCGCAGGCCAGAAUCCAAAUAGGGCUUUGCUCUUAAGCAAAACUGUUUACACGAAAACGGUAUACGACUUAAAUAUUUAUGUGGUUCUUGUGUUUUUAUAUCCCUCGCUAUUGUGUCUUAAUUAAAAGUUUUAUCAACUGGCUUUUAAGUUGAGAGCAAAAUCUUUUUGAAAUAAAAAGCCACUUUGCCUACAUAUGAGACCAUAACAGCGGGAAAAUAAAUGGGAUCUGCUACCAGACAGAUAGUGACUGACAGAAGGAACAUAGAACCAGGCUGGGUUUUCUGUGGAAUUCAAGUGGUGAGCCUGAUGUUUACCGUUUACAUGUUGAAAUUCUCUUGCCACUUAGUGAAGCAAUUUUGGGGUAAGGAUGCUACGUUUUGUGUCCAGUUCAGUGUGUAAAUAAUGGUGGUUCUGUGUCAUACUGACCCCAAGGAAAGAUGAUCAGAUACAGCGAAGGAUGAUUAAAUCUAGGAAGUUGGGUGUUUGGGGAGUUUGUUGAUGUUGUUCCAAUUUAGGAUAACUCAGAAAUUUCUAGUAUUAAUUUUUUGACAGAAAUGGCCACCUUAAAAGCAGAUACAGAAUGCCUUUUUAAAAAAAUGAUGUGGGAUUUUUUCUGAGUCAAAAGCUACGAAUUUCAUACUGUUUCUCCCUCCUGUUGUUGUUGUUGUUUUAUUUGGGGGAGGGGCUUGUACAGGCUUGAGCUGUCUGAAGACAUGAACAAAAAUGGAAAUACCAGCCAUAUCAGUAGAGCCUCCCAUUCAAAAGUGAGCGCGUUGGUAGCUGAAUGGUAUCUGAGCAGUGUGAUUCUGUUGUCUUGCAUAUGUUAUUCUCUCAGGCUGUGGGUCUUUGUUACAACUCUAAGAAAACUGUAGAAACACAACACUAUGUAGCUUUUCCACCCUGUGGUCUCUAGUGCUGCCUAUCAACUUGUUCUCUUUUUUUCUCAAUAACCUGUCUUCCAGGUGGUUUAGUUAGCUGCCAGCCAUCUGACCGCAUGGUGUGGCAGUGGAGAGGUCUGCCUCAUUGCUCUCGCCACGCUCUGAAGUUCUCAGCAGCACUACCUUAGACUUCAUCAGCUAAUAGGAAACCUUUAUGGUGUAAAUGCUGUAAGACUUUGUACAUACUUCAGUUGUUAUGAAAUCUUUAAGAAUACAAAAGAAAAGUUAUGCUAAUAAAUCGCUCUGGUGCAGGCA